GCAUCAAACAGCCCGUCUGUAACUCGUUUUAUUCGCUAUGGCGCGUCAAGAGGUGUUACAUCGACUCUUGUACUGCAUCCACUGGACCUGAUAAAAAUUAGGUUUCAAGGUAAGAUACUAGGAAUAACUUGGUUGUGUGUAACGUGCAAAUGCUUAAGCAAUAGAAAACGUUUUCCGUGUUUGCAUAGCCUGAUAUAAACACGAGAGGGGUUGGGAGAAUUCGAGACAGUUAUACAAACCCGAGACGAAGUAAGUGUCGAGAAUUCUCCCGAUCCCUCGAGUGUUUAUAUCAGGCUCUGCAAACACAGGAAAAAAGUUUUCUAUUACUUUUAUAAAAUAACUCUCCCGAGAAAAAACGCAAACUCUUUGUUACGGUCCUGAUUAAAAGAGAAAUUCUUACCAGUCGCAAAGUCUUAUACACGAAGUCUUGCACGCGUAAUCAGUUCUUGUUUUGCAAAAAGAUGCUUUCCAAAAUACGGAUUUUUCUAGCUUAAAAUGUCAGCUUAAGCGAAAAAAAAUUGACACACCUUCUUUGUAACGAUUUUCCAAGUUUCAGCCGACGAAGGAAUGGGUAAAUAAAGUAAACUUGUCGAGUUUUGAACUUGAAAACUUUUUCAAAUUUGUGCUUGCAUGAUUAGUGCGCGAAAAGCAAAACAUCUUGACGCCACAACCAUGUUUACAUACUCUCAUGCAAACACUCCUCUCGGCCAAUUAGAGCACGUUUACUAUCUUACUUAUUUUAUAAAUUGCCAUGUUAAAUGUAAUGCUAUAUGCAACUAGCUGUGUGGCGUGAAUGUCAAAACUAUAGCAUGAAAUAAAUCAGAAAGCAAAAAAGGCUAAUAAGGUUCGGAUGCUUCUUCAUGUAUAUUUAAGAGGUACACAUAUUUAUUUGUCCAAAAAGGUCAACUUCAGUUGGAUUUUGCCUUUCCUCAUGAUUAAAAAGAUAAGCUGGACUCUUCUUUCAGAUGAAAAAUCAAGUCCUAACGAUGGCCAUUUUUAGAGUUUCCUCAAUAAGAUUCGUAAUUCUGCCAUUGCAGUAAUUAUCUUCAUUAAUCUUAUUUUCCUGACAAUGGUUAUUAACUAAUCCCCGUCCGAAAUUACAUACAAAAACGGCCUUAUAGGAGUUCCAGACUUCCUCAUAUUAGGAGAUUCAGUCAAUCAUACAUGUAAAUGUAGUGGGAUAAAAAGGCGGUACACUGCAUCAUCAAAAUAGGUGUGUAAUAGAGUCAAGAAAAAUGUGGUAAAUGAUGAGCUUGAUGUACAUUUUAUCAGCUCUCUCCAGGGGUAGGAUCCUGGGCAAACCAGGGGAAAACUGAUGGCUUCAGCAGAGGAUGGGUUGGAUUGUCUGUCCUAAGGGACAGACCAUCAGAAAAAUUAUGGGGGUGGGGAAUUUUUGAGUGGCAGAAAUUUUUUUCAUUAUCAAAUUCCUUGUAUGAAUUUUUUUAGGCCGUAGCAUGAAUAUUUUUUAGGGUUAAUUGGCAUGCAUGAAUUUUUUUUCAUUUGAUUCCCCUUAUGCAAAUAUAUUUUUUUUGUACUUAGCUCCCCCCCUCUAAUUGUCCAUCCCUAAGUGUGGGAGAAAUUCAAGACAUUACUUUUUGGUUUGAAUGAAGUGAUGGAGGAAAUUGACAUAAUGAUAAUACAGGUCAUAUAAGUAGACCCUGGCCUGCGUGAAUCUGUCUGCAGGUUUUCUUUUAUUGCACUGUUUUUUAAAAUAUUAAGUAAUAAUUGACCGACGUACCUUCGGGAGCAGUUUCAUAGAAGCUCUGAAAUUCAUGACUAUAAUUUGAGUGGUUCUAACUAUGAUCUCCAACUACACUACCUAAAACAAAUUUUCUCAAGCGUUCAUUUUCUUAUCGGGGUGCAAUGGCUUGGAACCAACUGUCAAAUGAAAUACAUGAUAUGGGGGAUCUUACUAGCUUUAAACUCGCCAUAUCUUAGGAUAUAACUUUUUAUUAUGUUUUUAUCUUAUUUCUUUAAUACUCAUUUCUUGCUGUUCUAUUGUAUUGUUAGUUAAUCACUAGUCUUAAUUUUUAUAAAUUGUAAUUAUCCAACGGCAUGUCUGAAAAGCAGCUUGCUGAGCCAUUUACCGUGUUUAAAUAAAGUUGAUUGAUUGUUUGAUUGAUUGAACUGAAAAAUAUUAUAUUGCUUCCCCAAGCAUAAAAUAAAUAAGUCAAAUUUGAUCGCCAACUAUUAUAGCUUACGUAGGUGGAGGGACCAAAGUUUAAAAGUGCUUCUUGAUGUCCCUGCAAGUGGCUUUUGGCCAUUCUUCUUAUAGUUUUAUAGCCUAAUAACCACAGGUUUUUUUAUAACUGUCAUGAGUACAAAAUCGCACCAGCUACACAGGCAUAAAAAGGUUCUCUCUCAAUCUAAAGAAACCCAUUUAUCAGGUGGUUAUCAUGGGGUUUUUCAUUGAGGAGCACUUGAGCAUUGGAGGCAAUUUUAUUCUCGAAUUUGUUCCACCCAUUUUUCAAUCCGCCUCACUGACACGAGGUCCUAUCCUACAGUGAAACCUGUAUUAAGCAUACACCGUAUUAAGCACACACCCUCUAUUAAGCGGACAGUAGCCAAAGUCCCAAAAUUUAUUUCCCUUAUUUACUUUAAAUGAAAUCUUUAUUAAGCAGACACCUCUAUUAAGCGGACGCGGACACCUAAAAGUACCUGAAAUAGUCAUUUCUAUUGUUACUAACCUGUAUUAAACGGACACUUGUAAUCAAAUUCCACUACCCAACAUGCCAGACACCGGAAAUGCGAAAGAUUACUUCGAAUUGCCACCCAAUACUUUUUUGAUUUUUACAUUAAAAAAUGUGACUUGACGAACUUAUUUGAUUAGUUUCACAGUACAGUAUUGUUUUCUAUUUCGUUUUGUUUGUAUAGAGCUUGUUUCACUCAUCUGAUUUCUUCAAAUUUAAGUUGCAAUCUAUGUUUAUGGUACUAUGACCAAUCGGUCCACUUUGAUAAAGAAAUUAAUGCAAACAUAUAUCGUCAAAGUCUCUGGGAGAAUUCUUAACAUUUCCACUGUUCAUUUACAUGGCAUUUGACAUCUCAUAUGACGUUAUCUAUCGAAACCUGUAUUAGGCGGACACCCUGUAUUAAGCGGACGCUAUAGCAUUCCCCGAGGGUAUCCGCUUAAUACAGGUUUCACUGUACUUGCAAGCUGAUGACAUGACUCUGUAUAAUGAUGAGUUAGAAAAUAGAAAAUUGAUAGGCUAUUGUAGAAAAGAGAAGAGGAAAACAGACCUCGUAUUUCUGCUGAUCAGUUUUAUUAGAAUUAUGUUUAGUAUUUCUUUCAAGAGUUAAGAAGAACUGGUUCCAAUGUAGGGGUCUUUUUACAUCUUGCUCAUAUGGUAAAGCACUGUUGCACUAUACAUGUAAAUAGAGUGGUCAUGGGUUCAAAUUCCAUUGAAGCCUUGAAAUUUAUAGGCUUAAUUAGCAAUUGUUAUUUGCAUUAUUAAGAAAAACACCUUAUAAAAGCAUGCCUUACAUAAUUUUGUUAAUGCAUCUAGUUUCACACAAUAGCUUUAUUUAAUAUUAUAUGAAUGUUUUUGUUAUUAAUUACAGUGUAAUGAUGGCAGUGGGAAGUUGCCAGCGUACAGAGGUCUAGUUGAUGCAGUGCAGUCCAUUGUCAGAACAGGGGGUUUAAAGGGGUUAUACCAGGUUAGUACAUUUGGAGCAUACUUAACCCUCAGUUUAGUGAUUGUUUGGUCGUUUUUGUGCCUGAUAGAGCAAUGCAAUCUUCCAGUUUAAAAGAUUAAGUUAGUAAGCUUAGCAGUGUCUUCAGACAGGACAGGUCUACCUCAUUUUGGGAACAAUCCUUCCAUAGAACUUUAUGCACAAAGCUGCACAUACUUUGGGUACUAGAAAUCCACUUAUUAUUACACCAUUCACCUACUACUUUUUCCAGAUAAGAUUUCUCCUGUCACAGCAUUUUCUCAUUUCUUUUCUCCCAGUAGCUUAAAGCCUGGCUCAGUUUAAAAAAAAUAAAAUAAAUAAAAUAGCUAGAAAUAAAAAAAAAGACCAAAAAAUUAAAGGAAUGAGUACAAGUUCCUUUUUUUUUUUUUUUUUUUUUUAUUUCAGGGUGUGACACCAAAAGUAUGGGGUAGUUAGUCUACAUGGGGACUGUACUUUUUGAGGUAAGUUAUUACAACAGCGAACAAAACAAUAUUUUGUAUAGAAUUCAUAUUUUAAACCUUCAUUAGAAUUCAUGUAUUUAAAUACAUAUUGCUGGGAAUAGCUGUAGAACAGCUAUGAAGGUUCCUUUCUUUCUAUUUUCUUCUCUCCUAUCUGUUUGAGUUCCUACUGCUGCUAUUUUCUUCUCUCCUAGGAAAUUAGUACAUUAAUAUUUUGUACAUUUUGUGUACAGCCAAACCUCUCCACAAUGGCCACCUUGGGGACAGAAGAAAGUGGACCUUGUUGAGAGGUGGCCGUUAUGGGGAGGAAGGAUUUGUAAUAUGACAAUUUUUUUUGAGGCAGCACAACAUGUUUACAGUGUUAUGUUCAUGCUCACUGUUCCAUAAUGAUAAUGGUAAUCCAGUCAUAUAUAACAUAAAGUAUAGCGAUAGAAAUAUACAACAAAAAAUUGAAAAAAAUUUUGAAUGAAAAUGUUAACGAGACAAAACCGCAAGGUUCGCAGCAUUUGCUUAAGUACGUUUGUAUCAUAGCUAUUAAUAUGCUUACGGCAGCAGUAUAAAUGGGGCAUGUUUAAAACUCGAAAUGGCAAAAUGACUAAAAGUAUUUACAAAUAAUACAUAUUUUUCUUUGAUCGGUUUGUCUCCCGACUAUUCGGUCGGUGGAGUUACCACGCGCAUUCUUGACCCGAGCUCUACACCAUUGCGCAGCCAUAAGAUUUGAAGGCUUGUUGUCACGCGUGGUGUACGCACGCAAGCUCAUCAUACGCGCCGAAAAUAGCUCUUCUGUGCGGAAAUUAACUGCAGUGUCAUCAGAGACGCCGAGGUGGCAGAGCGUAUUACAAAGAAAAGCUACCGUCAACUUUAACGUACGUGAGGAUGAAGAAGUAUAAGUCCAAAGUCAAAAAUUGCUAAUAGUUCUACAAAUAAACAGGGUAUAUAAUUUCGUGUGUGUGAGUCUAUCCUAAAUAUAAACAGGGUGUUGCCUGAUCUGAUUUGCUUAAUGAAAUUUAUUUGGAAACAAAAGCAAUAACUGUAACGUGAAAUUUGCUCUAUUGCAAUUGCCAAUAAAUGGCUUUAAAACAAGACGCCGUACAAAAACUGACAAAAUCGAGAAGUCCCUGGGGAGAGGAGAGAUCCUUAGUACUAGAAAGAACAAGUGACUGCGAUAACUGCGAUGGCACAACAAGGUUUGUGAGGUCUUGCAUCAGCAUGCUGAGCAGAGUUUUGCCGGUUCAUGAAAGGCAAAGACAUAACAACUGGACACGACAAAUUAAUAGCGGAAGUCAUUUGUUUUUACUCUUUAGGAAAGUCAUUUCGCCAUUUCGCUAUUUCGUCAUUUCGUUUUUUAAACACGCCCGUGUAAAUGAAACACAAUCAAAAUAUGGUUGCCGCGAUUUAUCAUCAAAGUGCCGUAUGGAUCAACUUUUAUGACCAUUCUUGACUUUUUUAUCAGUCGCUAAAAUAUAGAAGUAUGUUAAGAGUAUCAUGGACGGAACAUAAAACCAAUGAAGAAGUUUUAAAGAUGGCAAAUACAACAAGGUCAUCAUUACCAAUAAUAAAGGAAAGAAAAUGCCAGUAUUUUGGACACGUAAUAAGAGCGAGGUCGAUCAGGCUAAACAUCGGGUCCGGUAUCCUCAGUUAAAGACUUAGGCAUUACACUGGACUCAAUACCCCAAUUUUAAUGAUCAUGUAUACACGUUAACAUCGUCUCUCCUGUCCACGUUAUAUCAGAUUAGUAGGGUGAGGCACCUAUUUACUAAACCUGUCUUGUCAACUGUUUUGAAUUCUCUUAUUUUUAGUAAACCUUUUUACUGUUCCACCGUCUGGGCAGGCACCUCUAAGCAAAAUCUACAGAAGUUACAAUAUCAUCAGUGCAAAACUUCGCCGCCCGCGUAUUAACAGGUACUAAAAAGUUUGAUCACAUCUCGCCUGUUCUUCGGGAAUUAGGGUGGCCCUCCAUCAAAGAUCAGCUAUUAGUCCUUAAUACUACGCAACAAAUACAAAACAAAAUUAAACAAAAUUGUUAAUAGCCUCGCUCCGUUGUACUUGCGUAGUAAACUCUGUAGGCGAUCAGACGCACACAACUACAACACGAGGAAAAAGAGACAAUCUAAAUCUCCCUCUGUGCAAAGCAGUUACUGCACAACGGUCAUUUUACUAUCGCUCUCUAAGUGCCUCGAACUCUCUGACCGCAGACACUAGAAACAGCCCAUUCACUAUGUACCUUUAAGAGGGGCGUCAAACGCGAAUUGCGGGAGCAGAUCCCGUACGUUAAAUAGUUAAUAUUUGAUUUAGUUUAGAUCUCCAAAGAGAUGACGUAAUUGUACGCGCAUAGUUUAGGCUUUUAGUUUUGUACCAAGAUUGUAAUCAAUUUACGCUUUUUCUUCUUAUCCCCUUCUUUUUUAGCAUUUGUAAAUUCACUUCAGAAUAACUCUUUGGGAGAGUUAAUAAAUUUUUUUGUAUUGCAUUGUAUUAUAAAACAGGAAUCAAGUUGAAACCAAACUCCUCUGCCCCCUUACACAGUGUCAUCCCUAAUUGUCUGUCUGUGAUGAUUUAUACACAGGGCUGAGAGGAUUGGGUGACACCCAGUAUCCAUCUUAUAAGUUAAGUUGAUGUAUUUUCCUCCCUUUCAGGAACUGGAACACUAACAGUGACAAAUCCAAUAUGGGUUAUCAAGACUCGCCUGUGUCUUCAGUACACUGGUUCACCAGCUGACGUUACUCAAGCACCGCAAUACAAAGGGAUAAUUGGUAAGAAAGAAGAAAACUUGGCCAACUUAACUUUCGCGAAGACUUAAGGGACUGUUACCAGGGAAGGGAAAAAACUGGCGAAUAGCUGACUGGUGCGUCCCCAGUAACAAUCCCAGAAACAAUUGCGGGACGCAUUUCGGCUCCCGUUCUCUUGUCGUUUCUAAAGUGGUGAAUGGGCAAACCGGCCGGUUUACGGAUUGGGUAAAUGGUAUGAAAAAUCAGGUCUAGUAAAUUUCAUUCCGGAAUAGGGUUUACCAUUUGUUUUACAAAUCAGUUCCAUUUACCGAAAAACGGCCGUGAAGGCCUGAAACUGGUAUCAAAGAUACGUUUUAACAAAUGUAACACAAAUGUUCGUUUCGAAUAUUUCGUCCGGAAAAACAGGACCACCUUUUCAGAUGUUCCGUUGCUCCCGGAAAUUUUCCAAUAAAGGGACACGGAAAGCCCUUUUUCAUUUACUUGUUGUAGUGGUAAAAUAACGAGUUCCUCCUAUUACAGUUAUUUGUCUGACACAAUGUCUGUGUGACCUUCAUUUAGGGAACCAUAGAUCAUACAUGUAUUUGUGUUUAUUAUAAAAUCAUUUCCUAAUUCUUACUUUUUAGAUGCCCUUUUUAAACUUUGGAGACACGAGGGACUCCGAGGAUUAUACAAAUUAAGUUUGCCAGGCUAAGUAAUGUUGCUUGACAUAAACGGCGUCCUCAGUAUUACGACAUUUACGCAAUCACGGUGAUUAGGGCAUCAAGAACGUUUAGAAACAAUCAUAGGUUUUAUGGCGGAAAAAGCAACAACUCUGCACAGUUUCUUGAACAUUUCUUUGCCGCCACCGCAUGACUACGACGUGAAAAUUGCCUAAUUUCACGUUUUGUUGGGGCCAUAAACGAGCGAUGACGAAUUUCUUUUUUUUGUCGGAUAGCGCUAUCCACCAGAUAAAUCAUUAUCCAGUAAAUGAGUGUGAGGAAAACUAAUUACGCCAUCUAGUAGGUAAGGAUUUUUCCGGUGGAUAUCGUUAUCAACCUUUUGAGCAACUAGAGCCUGAUUCAGUGCAAAUGGUGCAAAUCACAAAAUUAGCUCACUUGAAAUGUUUAACCGCGAUGGAAUGUCAGCUACAUAUACUCUGUAUUUUGUUCAAUAGGGUUACGUCCCCGGACUGUUUGGUGUGUCACAUGGUGCUCUCCAGUUCAUGGCUUAUGAAGAACUUAAGAAAGGCUACAGCCAUUACUUCGGUACACCAAUCAAUAAAAAAUUGGUAAGUUAACAAGUCAGUCUUAAGUGGUUGUUCACCGACAUUGAUCAUCACUUAAGUUUCGUUCACGAGCAAAGGUGUACACUUGUCAGUACAGGAACUAUAGAGCUUCAUUAUCACAAUAGGAUGUGAUUGUAUGGUUACUAAGCAUACUGUUUUUGCAUUCUCUGCUUGAGAGGGUAUUUCUGUUUGUUGCUGCUCAUUUUAAGAAUGUGAAGAUUUCGCAGUUUGCUAGGAAAAGUGAUACCGACCUAAGUUGAACUGCUUAGAAUGUAAGGCUUUUGAAUAUGUUAUGUUUCUUUCUAUCACUCGCCUCUUAAAAGCUGACGUGUGGCAGGGCAAAUUACGUAUUUUGGUCUGAGGUAGGGUUAGGCUUUCAGGAAGUAUGCUGCACACCCCCACCGUAAUUUUCAGAAGAACACCCCUCCCCUCCCCCGCUGGACCAGUGCCUUUGUUUUCCGUAAAAGGCGCAUCAUCACGAGAAAAAUUGUGGAGGUUCACUUGCUGAUGUAUAUGAUACAUGUAAUCUUUGAACACCAAGAAAAUGAUUUCGUAGAAAUUCAUUCUCCAACUACAGCUGUAAGCCACGAACAAAGCACAAUUAAUGAUUUCUAAUUGAUUUUCCUCAAAUAGCACUGCUAAGUUUUAAAACAUUGGUCCCCUCUUUACCAACCAGUCAACUUAAAAGAUUCCUAAAUAUUGACUCUGGCAUAUGCCUUGAUAGGCUACCAGCAGUCUCUCUCUGCCUGAAUUAAUGGAGCUGUUCACUUAUAGUAACAGGUCAUUGAAUAGGAAGAAAACUGUUAAAGCCCUUCUUCAAGGUGUGAGCAAACCAUAGUCAAUGGUUUUUGGGCCCUGUCAAACAAGAAACAUCAGCCCAGCCUUUUGAAAUUCUCCUUCCAUCUCGACGUAUUUUUAGCUUAAGACACACCCGUUAGGGAACUUUGUGUUUAUACGAGAAGGUGGGCUGACCCGUUUGUCGAGAUCUCGGCUCGAGCAACCGGGAUCUCGGCCUCGUCCUCUCAUAUGUAUUUAGCUUAACAGUUAGCUAAUUGGGGGCACUUUCCUACGUGCUGGCACACUAAUCUAUGACAUGACUUUUAAGUUAAUGAUCUUACCUAAAAUCUAAAACUAUAUACAAAUGUCCACGACUCAAAAUUUACACAGGUCACCGCAAUUACUAUUAUCAUCUAUAUGGCUCGAAAGGUCCACACCGCGUAUAUGUUUCUUAAAUGCUUUGAGGCUUGUCAACUUUCUGAGCUCACUACUGACCUUUGACGAAAUGAAAGGUCAUUGGUAGCGCAGGGAAUGCCUCCCAUAGGCCACUAUAUCAAAUCGGGGUAGUUCAAAAUCACAGUUUCUUAGGCUUUGGUGUGUUCUUUUGAUCGUAAAUAACUCAGAUACACACCUGUGAGCCAUCCUGUAUUUCAUUUUAUACAUUAGUAUUGCAAUGUCUUGCAAACGCCUGUUACAAGGCGUAGGCAGCUUGGCGCGAUUGAGGAGUUCCUCGUAUGCCUCAGUUUGAGAUUUAUAUACUGUGCGCAGCGCACGCUCUUGGAUGCGCUCGAUUUUUCUGCUAUCAGGUGAUUUGCAGAUUUUCCAUACUGAAUGAGAGUGAGUUAAGUAUGGCAAAACAGACGUCUUGUAUAACAUUAACUUCGCGUUACAAGGUAUUAAGUUUCGCAGACGUACAAACAUUCCUACUUUCUGACUAGCUCUCAUACAUAACUCGCUAAUAUGACCCGCAAAGUUAAGAUUCUCGUCAAUGUAGACUCCUAGUAAUUUCAUUUGCUCUGUUUUCCUGAUGUCAUAAUUAUCAAUGUUCAAAGUUUUGUCGUCAUUCUCUGCAUCGAUAUUCCUGGGAUUGACAGUUAAGGACUGGAACGUCUACCGAUUAGCAAGAUGAAAGUUGUUUUUAUAUCAAGACUACGCUAAAACAGACCCUUAGUAUGCAUUGUUUCCUCCUCCUUCUAGAAUUCAACAGAGUACUUGAUAAUGGCAUCAUUAUCAAAGAUCUUCGCUGCCACGGCCACGUAUCCGUAUCAAGUAGUCAGAUCAAGACUUCAGGUAAACAGACCUCCUACUUUUUAUCUCUUAGUGUAAGGUUAUGUCCACAAGAUUAAUUCCAACAGGCGCUUUUCAGCUAGUGAUUCACGUGGUACAAAACCGCCAUGCAGGAGAGUAAGGGACACACUGAGACAAGACAAGCAAAAGGUUCACUAGACUUUCUCAAAGCCCGUUUCCGGUAUCUGCUUGUUUGGUGGUCAGUUGGCGCUCGCCUUGCGAUUUCUCUUUCGCUCGCCUCGCGCAGUGGACUUGUGUCAAGUCUAAAUGCUCACGCCAUUUAAAAUCGUAAUUCCCUUUGUUUGUCUUCUCCCAGUGCGAUUCUUGCUCUCCAGCAUUACGUUUUUUUUUAUUAUUAUUAUCAUUACUUGAAUGGCUAGCUGCAAAGGGCCUAUUAAGAUAUGAACGCAUACAAACUUACAGCUGUUUUUCCCUAGAGACGAAGUCUGGGUUGAAGUCGUAAGAGCAGUCUUUAAAACGCUUACAACCCAUCAAAACUUGGAGUCGUAAGCAGAGUCAAAAGCGCGAGGGAGUUGUAAUCAGGACAAUACCGUUUUGUUCCGACUCUACCUACUAUGACAGCGGCAUGCCCAGCCACCCAUUGUAUCCUACUCUUGCCAAAACAAAAGAAAGCUCUGUGCGCCUGCGAGUUCCAAGGAGCCAACUCCAUAUGGGUUACUACCCAGCGCUUUAAAAAUAGUUUCAUCAAUACGCUCUUUAUUAAAAACAACAUAGCAAUCUAAUGUUAAGUUGUUGUUGUUGUUGUUUUUUUUUUCUUUUUUUAAUGCUUAUGUUAAUAUCGUAUACAGAAUUUAAAGGUUUGUACUCUUUGGGCUUUUUAAUUGAUUUUAAAUUUUGCAAAAUGUAAGUUAUAUAUUAGUUUAGCUUGAAUGUAUUUUGGCUUUAAAAAAUAAUUGAGACUACAGACUUUUAAAAUACACUCCCCCCCCGAUCUAAUGCGAGAAACCAGAUUGUCCGAAGAUUUUAAAAUCUUUGAAAUGCGCUUUGAUUCACCUUGAAACGGCUAGUUGUGGAGCAACUGUCAAGAAAAAGUUCAUCCAAGUAAUUUUUUUAAAUACAAAGUAAAAAAAUUUCAGUUCAAGCUGUUAUUCAUCAGAGCUCAUUUCCUUUAUCGCAAUGUUUUUUUGGUUUGUUUUGUUUUGUUUUGUAGAAUCAAUACACGAUGGCCAAAUACAAUGGAGCAGUGGACGUUAUCCGUAAAACGUUCAGGUGAGAUGAGGGACCCGCUGCGUCGAUUUUAUUUUUUGUUGAAAGGAGUUUUUGAAAGUGAAAUUUUCCAGCGCUACAAGAUUUAUACCUUAAACAGUCGCCUUCUGACAUUAGCUUUUUUGUCGACUUUAUAGGUACGAAGGAGUGAGAGGAUUUUAUAAAGGAUUGGUUCCUAAUGUUCUCAGGUGAGAUCCCCAACAAAAGAGCUCCUAGGUUUUACCCGUCUGGAUGACAGUGAGUAAUUGGCAGGCCCUAGUUAUUCAAAAGGUAGAUAACGCUAUCCACUGCAUAAAUCUCUAUCCAGCGCAUAACGCAGUUGGUAUCCAUAAUACGUAUCCACUGGAUAGUGAAUUAUCAGGUGGAUUAUGCUAUAGAACAUUUAAUCAACCGGGGCCAGAAUUGUAAUGUAGAUGUCGCGGAUAAAAGGACAACGGCACCUGUCCUCUUUAACAGUAAGCUCGGUCUUCACACGUGAAAGAUCAGUACAGUUAUUAACGCAACUGUGCGUGAAAAAUCCAAAAAACAGAAAACAAAAACAAGAACAAACCCGGAAGGCAGCAUAAGAGGACGUCUAUUGGUCCAAUCAUGAGCUUAUUGUUAUCCUCCCAGCCCGUGCUAUGUAUGAUUAGUGAAACAAAAGAGGCGGUAGACCACACCACCUGGGAAACAUUUCCUAUUCUUUUUCAACAAUAGUGGCAGUUGGUUGUUGUACAACACUAUGCGAAAGUAAUGAUGUGAAACUUCACCGAAAUUCGUCAAAAUUCACGAAUUUCGAGAGGGGAUAUCGGUAAAAUUUCGGUGCAUCUAUUGUCGGCGAAAUUUCGCGCAAUGAGACGAAAUGGGACGAAAAUUCGGCUCUAAACGAAGGUUCAGUACUGUUUGUCCACUUUUGCUGAACUAUUAAUGAGAGGAAGGAUGAAGGAAGUAAGGCCAAAGGCUUAAAAAUAAUGACAAUAAUUUAAGAAUUUAUAACGCGCAGAUAUCUAUGUGACUAUAAUCAAAUCCGCGAUAUUAACGCCACUUCCCGAUCGUCUGGUCUCGGGCAAGGUCUUAAACAGACAGUAGAGUGGCAUUUUCUUUUGAUAAUGAACUCUGUUCUGUGACCGGCCGGGAUUCAAACCAGGGCCUCCCACAUGCUGCAUACCAACUGCUUUAUUUGGCUGAAAUAAGGCUCAUACGAGAAACAGACAAACCAGCCAACACACAAAAAUAGGCAUGGAAAGUUGAAAUGAUAAUAGAAAAUGAUAACUGUAGUUUGACCUGGUUAUAAUGGUCACCCUCGACUGGUACUUAAGAUACUUGCCGCCUAAUGAAGGUGGUCGCUCAAUAAAAGAUCACAAAAAUUGCCCACUGGGUUUGGCCGUCGAAACGGAACUAAUUGAUAGUCUUCAUAGAAGAACACUUCAUUCAAUUCUUCAUUCUAUCAAACUAUAAAGCAAUCAACGUCCUUUCAGGCGAACUAUACCAGGGCGACCCUGAUCUGUAUUGAUUUUUCACUUUCUAUUCAUUCAACAAAGUUGCUGACUUGUAACCGUAACGGGGAAAUAAACUCACCUUUAUGUUAAAGCACCAUCCGUUAUUCUGCCGGCCAACCAGACAGUGUUUGUGAGUCCUGACGCUCAAACCGAAAUGUCUCAUUCAUUCAUUAUUUUCUUACGUUUAUGUGUGGCCGCUAGUGAAUACAGGCAAAAAUAACAAGAAGGGCAAAACAUGGGCUGCAAAGGGGUGGCUGAGGUCGCUUAAUAAAGGUGGCCACUUGUUAAAGAUGACGAUUACAAUGUUUGUACUGUAUGCAGGGAAGUUCGGAGCUUUGAAAACAGCUCUCUAAUACAGUUAAAACGAACAACUAGACAAAACGUAUAGGAACAGCACAUGAAAAAACAAACAAACAUAGUAAAAGGCACGAGACAAACGUUGUUUGUGAUUGGGUUUGUUUGUUUUUGUUUUUACAGAGUGACUCCAGCGUGUGCUCUGACUUUCGUGGUAUACGAAAACGUCAUCCAUUUUCUUAUGCCGUCCAGCUAACUUGAAAAGACCAAUGACUGAUAUAUUCUGCUGCUUGACACGUCUCUCUCCUGUUUACACCCUCAUCAAUAUUUUUUAAGGUGGAACUGGGUUUCCUGUGUUCAGUAUUGAAAGAAUUUCAAACGUGUGGCGUUUCUUCAGCAACAGACGUAGCACAGCUUGAUACAUGUAUAUUAGAGAAUAUAAGAGGCUACUCCAGUUUUGUGCCGCCCUCCCAUCCCCCAACGAGCUGCGCGAGGUUUUGCUAAACACGUAUUUUUAGUUCUUCUCCUGUAACGCCUGCAUGUCGUGGCGAACAUGCGGGCACGCGCUCUUGCAAAACAGAAGAUCGAUAUAUUUGUUUGUAAGUUUUAUGGUAACGUAGCAAAAAAAGGACUCUUCCACACCAAUUCGCUCUGAUAAAACCUUAGCUUUCCUUAACUUUCGCUGGGAUAAACCCAUCAAGAGUUCUGUGUCUUUACUUGCCUUUUAGGGCAUUCUUGGACCUGCAUAUCGUUUGCGAGCAAGCUCUUUCGGGGAUGCGGGGGCGGGGGAGGGAAAAGGGGAGGGAGAGCUUGCACUUACGUCCCAUAAAUUUGAAGUCCGCCCCAAGAACUCCCUAUGGCUCCUCUGUUGUUGAGCUGUCAAAAAUUGACCAAUCAGAUCUUCCCCUUUUCCCCCCCCCCCCCCCCGGAGAGCUUGCUCGCGGGCUACCCUGCAUACAAAGCGUUCGUCUGUCCCAUCUAAAAAGGUGUCACAAGCUCUGACGUCAGCGUUUUUGAGAACCCUCUUAUUUGCCCGUCCACACUAAAACGAUUAGCUUUCGAUUUUUAAAAGACUCCUUUUUCGAUAGCGUUUUCCUAAACGUUCGUUUGAUCGCUUCAGUGUGUGAAGGCAAGGCCAAAACGCGUAAAAUAUCUACCUUGUCAAACGAAACGCAUUAAAGUGGAACCUCCAUAUAUCGAAGGGCUAAGGGACUGACAAACGAAGUUUCGUUAUUUUUCAUUAGUAUUCUACUCUUGUCUCGAGGACGUCGUUUUGUAGUAGUUCCUUAAAUUGAGGUUCCUCUGUAUUAUUCUUAGGGUCCGUAAGACGAACUGAAAGAUAUAGAGUUACAGUUGAAAGUUGCAGCAUGGUCAUUGCUUUGAAAGUAUGUCGAUACUCCCCGAUAAAAGACAGUGAC